AUGCGCGCCAGCCCACCUCCUUCCCGUCCGCUGACGUUCCAGCAUCAUUCUCCGCUGCAAAAGACCCAAGACUCCCAGCCGCUCAAGAUGGAUCCUAACAUUGAAUUAGGGGUUCUCCAGGGGGCUAGUGAGCCUAGCAACGACUCCAAAGGGCCAGACAGCUUCGAAAUCGAUCGACUCGAUCUUGCAAAUGAUCCUGAGAAGUAUACUACAUACCACAGAUAUCCCAUGCUGGCCAAUUUCUAUUCCUCCGCUGACAACCUCUUCAUAUUCCGGGGUUUUCGGUACCUUCAAGCCCGCGUUCUACUUCACAUGCAGGACGAGCUGCGCGCACUCGAAACGCAGCUCUAUCACCUGGACGAGCGAGAUGGGAAGAACAGACCGAAUAUGCUCAGGACCCGUGAGGUCGAUGACAUUGAUUACGGCGAGAGGAAGCAGUUGAUAGAUAAGAUCAAGGCGAAGCUGCUGGAAUAUGGCGAAGUUGUCGAUCUCUCCCAUCGACUCUCUGCCUUGAAGAAGCCUUCCUCUUUCGAUGUCUGGAGUCUGAACAACUUCUUCAACAACAAGGCACCUAUAGUGAGGCACGAGAGAUAUCAUCUCAACAAGCACGACUUGGUGAAGCUCACCGCAACAGACGACCAGGCAUGGUUCGAUCGGUUUGUUCUCAAAGCACUUGUCAGGUUGAACAACAGGGUCUUGAUGUGGAUCUUCUUCUCCAGCGUAAUUCUUCCAGAUCAUACGUGCGCUAUCAGUGAUACUAAGCUUGCGAGACUACAGGACGAAGCCCAGCUUGCCGGGCCUGGCGAAACAAUCAUCUACUCAACCAAGAGGAUUCUCAUUUUCAAGAUGAUGAUCCUCAUUGCGGUGAUGCUGGUCCUGCUUUCCGGACCUCUGUACCCGCUAUACUGGUGGUCACAGUCGAACAUGGAUGGACUGACCAUGGCCAAGAUCAUGGGACUGCAGUGUUGCUGUGCCAUGGUGUUUGGUCUUGUGCUGAGCGUUUGCACGACUGCAAAGAGACACGAAAUGCUCACCGCAUCCGCAUCGUAUAUGGCUUUGCUUGUCGUGUUCAUGGGCCAGAGCCGAGGAGCGCCGGCAGAUGGAGGAUCUGCAUGA